GCGAUAUCAUCGAUCGUUAAAUCGAGAGAUCGAUUCAGAAUAACAACAUGGUAAUCGGCCUUUCAUCACUUCUGCCAACGCUGGGGCAGUCUAGGCCAUCGAUCAUCUUUAGACUUUGAGUUAUCGCGUCUACAUACGAGGAAAGCUUUGAGCCGUUUGAGGAGCCGCGAUCGAUCGGGAGGAGAUUCUGGGCACUUGUCGUCUCGAUUCAACGGAAUCUGUAGAUCUCCUGCUUCGGGUCAAGAGACAUCUCGAACUAUCUGUCAUGGAGGAGAACGGUAUGACUGGGUCAUCUACAGCUCCUAAAGGCAAAGGAAAAGGACCUCCAUCGUCGCCCAUCGGCAAAUCCAAGUCCGGCAAACAACGCCCUGCCGGACAUCAGCAGCUCAGUCUGAGCUCCUUUUUCAAGGGUCCGGAAACGAUCGUAUCCGGAUCCAAGCUGAAGACCCGCAAGGGAGAGCGGGGUGCAUCGAGCCUAGAUCAAGGGAUCAUCAGCAUUGACGACUCUUCCGACGACGAUGUCGUCGGCCAAAGCUGUCUCCCGACUAAGCUCCCUUCGGCAGCUGGACCGAGCGAGCUCAUUCCCAACGGUCUCUUGCCAACGACGCGUCUCAGUUCACCUGAGGUCAGCUCACAGGAAGCGACAGUCGCAAAGCCCGUAGGACUGAAUCACAACAUCAUCGAAGUAGACGAUUCAGACUCGGAUCUCGGGGCCGUCACCACGCCUUCGAGCAAGAAACGCAAGGCAUCUUCAUCUCCUGAGCCGUCCGGAGGAGUCUCAACCAACAAAGACAUAUCUUUGAGAAGGAAACCCCGAUUAUCCACUCCACCACCCUCCAGUAGGAGUACAUCGGCGCCUGGCACACCCAGCAAGUUACUCCAGCUCACGGCGCCGCUGAAUCCUUCGCCUUCGAAACCGCGGCGUACGCACGACCUGUUCAAGGGUGGAGAAUCCGAUCGGGAUAAUGUCGUGCCUUUGCCAACAAUUUCUGCGACAGCUGCAAACAUUACUUUACCAACAUUCGAUUUCGACACGGACCCGUUCCUCUUCAGGCCGGACGCUGUCGACACUAGUCAUUGGCCCGCCGGUCGAUUGCCUUAUGAAGUGUUAGUGGGAGUUUAUCUCCAAGUCGGAGGUACAAGGAGUCGGCUAGCUAUCGUUAGGAUCAUCUCGAACUUCCUUCGGCUCCUCAUCCGCCGCUCUCCUGCAGAUCUUCUGCCGACAAUCUACCUAUUAUCAAAUCAUCUGAAACCGUCCUAUAUACCACUCGAGCUAGGCAUCGGAAGCCAAGUCUUGAACAAGGCAACUCAAGAGGUCAGCGGUGUCGGACGAGACGUUCUCAAACGGCUUUGGGACAAAUACGGCGAUCCCGGGGACGUCGCUUUCGAAGCCAAGUCGAACCUUCGUACUCUGAUGGCACCCACUCCGUUGUCUGUGCAUGUGCUUUAUUCACAACUGUUGAAGAUCUCGACUAUCAAAGGUGCAGGUGCAGCCAAGGCCAAAGGUGACAUCGUCAAGAGACUGCUAGUCCAAACGAAGGGGGAAGAGGUUAGAUAUCUCGUAAGAACACUUGUCAGACAUCUUCGCAUAGGAGCGGUUCGCUUGACUCUGCUAUCAUCUCUGGCCCGAGCGUUCGUUCUCGAUCGUCCCAAGGACAACAAGGAGCUCUCCGAAUCUUUACACGCAACAAAGCACGAACUCGACGACGUCAAGCCGAUACCUGUUAAGGGAGCUGGACGAGGCAAAGGCAAGGCAAAGGACGAACCAGACCCAGCGAGGGAGGCGCUUGAGAGGAAAUGCAUCGAGGGCGUGGCCGUGCUGAGGAGAGUGUACGUCCGUCAUCCGAAUUACGAUGAUAUACUGUCUGCCUUGCUGGACGGCGGAUUAGACGAUCUAGAGGAACGAGUUCCGCUUUCUGUCGGGAUUCCUCUAUCCCCCAUGCUAGGCUCCAUCACGCGAUCGCUGAACGAAGUAUAUACUCGUCUUGGUUCUUUACCGUUUACUUCUGAAGCGAAGCUGGAUGGGCAGAGAGUCCAAAUCCAUGUCAGGACCACGGGACCCAGCGGAUCCGACGACGGGGGCGGCAAAUGGGUGUACUCGACUGAGGGCGGUCGAAACGUUUGGGUACGGCUGUUCAGCCGGCAUCUGGAAGAUAUGACGGACAAGUAUCCAGACAUCCUGGCGCUUAUGGGCGCGCUGGUCAAUCGGCCUUUGCUUCCCGGAUCAUCGAAUCCUUUCCCCGAAGCGUCGCACCUCACGAAAGCCAAUGACACUAUGCUUGGACUAUUGGGCGCCAAGCACAUCACGUCCUUCGUGAUUGACGCCGAAGUCGUCGCGCUGGACAAGGAUACCGGCGCUUUCCGGACCUUUCAGGACCUUUCUAACCGGGCGAAGAAGGAUGUCAGGGUCGAGGAUAUCAAGGUGAUCGUCGGGGUGUUUUCCUUUGAUCUGAUGUUGUUGAAUGACGAGCCAUUGCUCGGUCAGCCGUUUUCAAUACGAAGGCAUCUACUGCGGACCCUUUUCAAACCGUUCUUUAACGAACUCGAUCCUACUAUCGCAAGAUUUGGACACGUGGAGUCAAUAGACUCGACGAAACCGGAAGAUGUGCAGGCCUUCUUCGAACAUGUGGUGUCGCAGAAAUGCGAAGGGCUAAUGGUCAAAUUACUAGAGAGUGGAGAAGGUCUGACCGGCGAGGACGAGGAGGCUGAGGAGGAAGAUAUCGAUCUCGGCAACGCCGACGACAAGGUUAAAGGGAAAGGCAAUCGAAAAAAGCCUCUACCGUCGACGUACGAACCUGACGCCCGAAGCCAAGGCUGGCUCAAAGUCAAGAAGGAUUAUCUGGAAGGCGUGGGCGACACGUUGGAUCUGGUCCCGAUUGGUGCCUGGCAUGGUCUGGGACGCAAAGCUGGAUGGUGGUCUCCAAUUCUAUUGGCCGCCUACAAUCCGGAGACAGGGGCAUUCGAAGCAGUAUGUAAAUGCCUUGCAGGCUUUACCGAUGUCUUUUACAAAAAUCUUCUCGAUAAGUAUCCCCCUGCAGGGAAGCCCGACAUGGCCCGCAAAACAGGCGGGCCGUACAGCUACUGCGAGACAGGUGGAGCAAGCACUCCAGACAUCUGGUUCAACCCUCAAGAAGUCUGGCAAAUCGCCGCGGCGGACAUCACCAGCAGCCCGGUGUAUACGGCAGCCGCGAGCUUUCUUGGGAUGGAUCGAGGAGUAUCACUGCGUUUCCCUAGAUUUAUCUCUGUGAGGGAGGAUAAGGGGAUCGAGGAGGCUACCACGACCGAACAGCUAGCAGAUAUGUAUAGACAACAGAUGGCAUAAAACGUUACGAACGUAUAAUACGCUUAAUAAAAUCUCACACGUACG